AUGUCCUCAUCGUCGACCUCCAUCAUCAACUCAAGCCUUAGUGAGGAGCAAUGGGUGAAGCACAUCCGAGACGCCCUCAGUCACGGGAUCGAUAUUGAGACCCCGGUUUCCGUCCACUGCGUGCCUGAAUCUAUCAGCUCCGCAAAGCCAGAGGCCUACGUCCCGCACCAUGUUGCGCUGGGACCAUACCACCACCUCCGGCCACAGCUCUACCACACGGAGCACCCCCGGCGGGCACAGGCAGCGCUGAAGCUCCCGGCAUUCGAUCGGACGGCUGGUUUGCUCCAAGCGGAGGAGGCGAAGAUUCGCGCAAGCUACCAGCUGCACCUGGAAGUCGGCACGGACACUUUGAAAUGGAUCAUGACCAUCGACAGCUUGUUCUUGCUCGACCUACUGUACAGAUACAAGUCACCCAAUAUCGGAAUCAAGGAAGACUCAAUUUGGGAUGAUGACCCAGACUCCACCGUCAAAGACGUGAUGAUGGUGGAGAAUCAAAUUCCGACCUUUGUGCUCAGGAAAAUAAUGUUGCAGACCGAGAAUUCGAUGAACGAAGUGAGAGAAAAUGAAGAAGAUGAGUCCAUAGAUGGGAAGCUUGGGGAGAUGUUGACGAUGUUCUGCAGAGGGAUAUCACCUCUCCGACUGGAAAUGUGCUUUCCGUCUGAAGCCAUUCAGCGUAAGCAUUUGCUCGAUCUCCUUUACAAUCUCAUCUUGGGAACAACAGGCCCAGAAGCAGCACAGACGAAGAAGAAUGAGCUUAGAAGUGCAAGGUUUUGCCGUCUGAUAGACAUGGCAUCGACACAAGCAUCAAAAGUCACUAAGGCAUGGAACAAGUUAUCGAAAUGCUCGUUCAUGAAGAAGCUGAAAGUGCAUAUGAAAGUGGAGCUCAUCUUCAAGAUAAUUCAAUUGGCAAUGCAAUUGAUUCCCAGAUGCUCCGAGUACCUUUCAAAUGACCCUUUUCAAGAAAUCGUUAUGAUCCCCACAGCGUCAAAGCUCUGCAGCGUCGGGAUCAAACUAAGCUUGGCCACAGGAGGUAUCAAAACCAUUGCGUUCGAUAAGAAAACCGCUACCUUGAAGCUCCCUCAUAUCGAUCUGGAUGCUACCACCGAAGUCCUGCUGCGAAACCUCGUGGCCUACGAAAUGAUAUCGCAGAGGGCUCCUUAA